AUGGCCGAACUCGGUUUAACCGCUUUCUUGAUCAGCGACGGUAACGAAAACCACAGCUGGCCCGAUGCACGCUAUCACUCUCUUAUGAUUCUUUUCGAGUUCAAUGCCGUCUGGACUACGGUGUUUGGAACUGCUUACAUGCUGUGGAUAGUCGACGGCGCCGUACACGUCCUCGCCAGCAUCGCAAGCUCUAUCAUAUGGCUGGUCAUAACUUCCGCUCUUUGGGGUGCUGCUGCAGGAAUGCUGCACCAAAUGCGACUCGGAGGUAGUUGUACAGACUUAUCUGGGUACUUCGACGAGAGUCUCUCAUGUGACCCACCCCAGGAGCUAAGUAGUCUCUCCAAGUGCAGAGAAACACUGACUGUUGAGGCUCUGGGUUGGGUGGAGUUUGGAUUUUCAUUCGAGCUUUUAUGUCUAGUCGGGAACCCAGGAGGCAUGACAAUCAAUAACUUAUCUCGACAACUAUUAUAA